GAAAUAGCAUACUAACUUGUUUGUAAAUUUAACUAAUUUCUCACAUUAUUAUAAAAAAAAAUGUAAUUUUGAAUAAAUUGGUAAUUGUUUUAGCUGUUCUUUUUCUAGAAAGAGUUGAAAUUGUCGGAUCUUUUGUGUUUAAAAGGUUUAAUAAGUAUUAACAACGAAAAUAUUUAAAGCAUGAAGAUGGUUCCGAUGGUUGGUCUAGUUCUAAAUGAACAUGAAGGGGAAGUGCAUGAUGCUGAAUUAGACUACUAUGGCCAACGCCUAGCUACAUGUUCCAGUGAUAAAUCUAUAAAGAUAUAUAGUAUUCAGAAUGGUAAUAAAACCCUUUUAGCUGAUAUCAAAGGUCAUCAUGGACCAGUUUGGCAAAUAUCCUGGUCCCAUCCGGUCUCUGGUCAUCUAUUGGCAUCAUGUUCUUAUGACAAACGUGUUGUUGUAUGGAAAGAAUCUAAUGACUGGUAUAAUAUUUUUGAAUAUGCUCAUGAAUCAUCAGUUAAUGCAAUAGCUUGGGCACCUCAUCAACAUGGUACUGUUUUAGCGAGUGCUAGUUCAGAUGGAUCUGUUGCUGUGCAUGUAUUUAAUAAAGAAUGGUCUUCUAAAGCUUUCGGUGCCCAUCACAAUGGAUGUAACUGUGUUGCUUGGGCGCCAUACAAAGAACAAUUAUUUGGACCAGAUCAAAUGAAUUUUGGUAAGAAAUUGGUGUUAGCAACAGGAGGAUGUGACAAUUUGGUCAAAAUGUGGGUUGAUGAAGGAGAUCGUUGGGUACAGAUUGGGGAGAUCAAUUCUCAUACUGAUUGGGUUCGAGAUGUUGCAUGGACAUGUACCGUUGGGGAUAAUAGACAACUUAUAGCAAGUUGUUCUGAAGAUAAAACUGUUGUAGUCUCCAGCAGUGAUGAUUACUCAAAAUGGAUAUCAACAAGAAUGCAUUUAUUUGAUAGCCGUGUAUGGACUGUCAGUUGGUCAAAAAUUGGGAAUGUUUUAGCAGUGUCUGCUGAAAGUAAUAAAGUAUCUCUAUGGAAAGAAAACAAAAGUGGAAAAUGGGUCACAUGUAGUGAAGUUGAAGAAAAUAAAGGAAAUUAAAAUUUCUCAACAAAUAUUUCUUAUUAAGUAUUACAAUUUUGUAUUUUCCUUAGAAAACGCCUUUUUGAAAUUUAUUGCAGUAAGGAUUGUAUACGUUAUUAAAAAAUAUAAUUAAUUGUAUAAAUUAUAGAUAAACUAUCAGUUUUUUUAAACUAUUUUAUCAACUACCAAGCAGAAAUUGUCAUUGCUAAUUUAGUUUUAUGUCUAUUUGUUCAAAAUAUUUUUGACAAUACAAAUUAAUAUUAUAAACUUUUUUUUUUAA